UGCGCAUUUAUUCCCUCACGGGACACGAUGCAAGUGUUAUCAGUUAAUCAUACCAGGUAAAGUUAAACGUACAUAAAGCUAGAAAUUUAAAAUCAUCGUGUGGAAUUUAAAACUACGAAUAUCUGCUUGAGAUGGAUUCGAACCCGAAUUGUACUUUUAUUCAAGCGGGGUCUGUCCCGUCCAUAAACGGCGUCGGACACGACCAUGGUCAUUCGCACGAGCACGGACACACGCACGAGGUGAUGGACAAUCCAGGAAAAUUCACGGAAAGGGACAAGCCCAUACUUCGAACGGACUGGAAACAGCGAGCAUUCACUGUGGGUAUUGGCGGGCCUGUGGGGUCUGGUAAAACAGCCUUAGUACUCGCAUUGUGCAGAUAUCUGAGAGACACGCAUAACAUCUGUGUUAUCACUAAUGAUAUCUUUACAAGGGAGGACUGGGAGUUUCUUGUUCGAAACGAGGCGUUACCUGAAGAGCGCAUGCGCGCUGUUGAAACGGGAGGAUGUCCACAUGCUGCAAUAAGGGAGGAUUUCUCCCUGAACUUGGAAGAGUCCAAAGAUCUGACGCGCCAGUUCAACCCGGAGCUGAUCAUUAUUGAGUCCGGGGGAGACAACUUGGCAGCAAACUUUAGCCGGGAACUGGCCGAUUACAUCAUCUACGUCAUUGAUGUCGCAGGGGGCGACAAAGUCCCGAGGAAGGGUGGCCCUGGCAUCACACAGAGCGAUAUGCUGGUUAUCAACAAGACGGACCUCGCUGAAGCAGUGGGAGCUGAUCUCAAGGUCAUGGACAGAGACGCCAAACUAAUGCGCCAAGAUGGUCCCACCAUAUUUGCCCAGGCCAAGAACGUGGUUGGCAUACCGGAAAUAGCCCAGCUGAUUCUUACGUCAUUAAAGAGGGCGACAGGAAAAUGAGGGAUGUAGCUUUGAAAUGGAGAAUAAUUUGUAGAAAAAUAGCUGUACAACGCUUCAUGGAUAAAAGCAAUGGGUUAUUAAACUUUUGUCGUGACAUUGGAGAAUAUGCUACGUUAGUAUAUGGAAAGUGAAUGCAAGGCGUAUAUCAAUUCAGGCUUACCUUUUCUUUAAAUGUAUUCACCUUAUGAAGAGAGUUUGUAUACAUGUAUAAUUACUGUGUCAACAAGUGAUUCACGUAUAUGUGAUACUUCAUGAUAAAUUUCAUGUCUAUGCAGACACAGAACUGUGGAGGAAGGACUAGAAGAUAAGAGCAUAUUCUUCUAGCUUUAACAUAAACAUACAGUGGCCUUUUAAAUACUGACUUUGCUUUACAAAUUACCUGUUCAAAUAAAGUACAUGUGCCUAAUUCGAAAUGCUUUACAUUUAAUCAUACUAUUGAGUUGUAUAAAUGUUAUUAAAACAUCUUUACUUAA